CAGACCACUUCUCUUCAGUCUCUGGACGCAGCGAUGGAGACCGCUCCCUCCACUUUGGUGUCCCUUCUCCUCCUCCUCUUCCUCCUCUCCUCACCGGCCGCCGUGCCCACCGCCAUGGCCCGGCCAAGCGUCGACGGGCUCACCCCCGACGCCCUCCUCUGCUCACCCGCCGCCGCGCCCUCCGCCUUGGCCCCUGGCGCCGACGAGCACGCAUCCGACCGCGACGUGUACAUAGUCUUCGUCAGCCGCGCCGAUUACACCGACUCCGUGGACUACGACGUCCGGCUGCUCGCCUCCGUCGUCGGAAGCUCGGAGGAAGCCAAGAAGGCCAUGAUCUACCACUACAGCGGUCUCGGGUUCGCGGCGAGGCUCAAAUCUACUGAAGCCGACCAGUUAUCAAGGAAGGAGGGCAUUGCAACCUUCAAGGACGAGACGUACUACGUGGAGAAAGACGGCCGCUUGCCUCGAUUCUUUGAAGAGAAUGUCUGAAGAUCAAAUGUUUACCCAACUACUAUCACUACGUACGACCUGAAACAUGUCACUAUGAAAGAACAAACGCUUGCAAGUUCAUACCAUAUAGUGCUAGAAAAAUAACGAGUGAAGCUCCGGGUGAGAUGAAUGACGAUUCAGAAAGUUUUACUUCAUGUCUAAGCUGAUAAUAUCUGAGGGCCUCGUAUACAAGUUCAUGCAGAUUUUCUGUAGCCCAGAUGGUCCAAUUUGUUUGAGUCAGUCAAUUUUCAGCAACUUCUUUAUGAUUCAUGCUAACUCGAGCCUAGAGCGAGUGAGAGGCGGUGAUGACAGACGGUGGGUUGAGGUUGAAUAAACCGACAAGCCAAAUUGACCGCGGGCUUGAAAAUUAU